AGAGGAAAACUUUUACAUGGCCUGACUAACUUGGACUGAGAAAGUCUAUUGUCACUUUUUGCUUUUUGCAAAGAGAAAAGACUGGGCCUCACUUAGAAUUUCACAAAGUGAUGAAUGACUUAUGAGGAAAUCUAACACGGAUGGGCGUGAGCGCAUGCUUGUUUUUUCAUGUUUUAUUGGCUGUGAACACACAUUGACUUCGGUUCGCUGGUUUUCGGGAGGGGCGGUGCAAUAAUGACACGAAAACAAGCACAGUCAAGCCCCGGAAUGGACGGUCACCCCGGUACUCUCCCGGUACCCAUGGAGCCAAAAUGGCCGCCGUGCAGCUCAGUAGCAAUGUUUGUUUGGCUGGCUCAUGCUGCAUUCAGGGAAUAUCAGAGGAAUGGGAAAACAAAAUACCCGUUACCCUAUUGGCCAUCAGCACAGCCGAGGUGGGCGGGGCCUCGGUGGGACUACAGUCACAUGAUCCGCGCAGAGCCAGGCUGACCAGUUCCAAUAUGGUGGCUAGCUUGGCAGGUCUACGGUCUUUGUGGAUGAUAUUGUUGUUCGGGGGGAUCAGGUACGGCGCCUGCAGCCAGGAAGCACCACGGGUUCUGGGGCUGCGACUCGAAGACCCGGCGGGUUUGGUGUGCAUGAGGGACCGGAUCAUUUCGGCGCCACAAGGAGCCACAUUCACGCUCCGUCUCUUCGGGGCUGAUCUGAAUGGAAGCUGGCCGUGGGUGGCGUUCGCAGGGGCGGCUGGCCAAGCGUCUGUCGGGGAUGCGUCCGACCCGUGUGAGCAGGAGUCCAACCGUCAGAAGUCCGCUUUCCAGGUGACCGGAGAGUUCACCCCAGAUGAGGAGAACAGCGGACUGGUAACGGUAGAGGUGCAGCCAAGGCGCAUCUCUGACAGCGAACAGAGCUACCACCACCUGUGUGUGCUGACCGGGGGGAAAUGGACCUCUGUGGGCCCGGACAGGCUGCGGGUAGACACCGACACGGGUCUUCCCGCUGACCACAUCCCGCCGUGGGGCCUGGCCGUGCUGACAGUGGUGCUGCUGCUGGCCUGCGGGGUGCUGAGGACAGUGAACCUGAGCCUGCUGUGGCUGGACCCCGUGGAGCUCUAUGUGCUGCACACCUGCGGGUCCGAGGAGGAGAAACGGGCCGCCAAGCGCCUGGAGCCCGUCCGGAGGAGGGGGAACUUCCUGACGUGCUCGCUGCUCUUCCUGUGUGUGGUGGGACACUCGGCCCUGGCUGUGCUCCUGUACCGGGCCCUGAACUCCAUCGUCGCCGCCGUCUUCACCAGCGGCCUCCUCCUCUUCUUCCUGGCUGAGCUGGUCCCUCACAUCGUGUGCUCCGGUUACGGCUUCCAGCUGGCGCCGGCCCUGAUCUGGCUGGCCCAUGUCUGUAUGGUGCUCACCUGCCCCCUGACCUGCCCCCUGGGGCUGAUCCUGGACCUGGUGCUGAGGCGGGACAUCAGCACCUGUGGGAUAAGAGAGAGGGCCAUGGAGAUGAUCCGUACGAGCGUCCACGACCCUUACAGUGAGUUUGUGAAGGAGGAGUUCAGCCGCGGGACGCUGCGCACUAAGACGGUGGAGGACAUCCUGACUCCUCUGAAGGACUGCUUCAUGCUGCCCAGCUCGGCCGUCCUCGACUUCUCCACCAUGUCUGAGAUCAUGCAGAGCGGAUACACGCGGGUGCCCAUUUACGAGGAGGAGAGGUCCAACAUUGUGGAAAUCAUUUAUGUGAAGGACUUGGCUCUGGUGGACCCGGAUGACUGCACCCCCAUGACGACCAUCACCAAGUUCUACAACCACCCGCUGCACUUUGUGUUCAACGACACCAAACUGGACGCCAUGUUGGAGGAGUUCAAAAAAGGCAACUCUCACAUGGCUAUCGUCCAGAAAGUGAACAACGAGGGGGAGGGAGACCCUUUCUAUGAGGUGUUGGGUUUGGUCACCUUAGAGGACGUCAUCGAGGAGAUCAUCAAGUCUGAGAUCCUGGACGAAUCUGACGGCUACUUGGACAGGAAGGUGAAACGACCCAUUGCUCCGCUGGAAAUUCCACUGGAGCCUCGCAGCAUCCAUGAGGAGUUUUCCCUGUUCAAGCCUCCUGAGGGAGAACCCAAGAUCCGCACCUCGCCACAACUCCUGCUGGCCACACACCGCUUCCUGUCCCGAGAGGUGGAGCACUUUAGUCCCAGCCGCGUGUCCGAGAGGGUCCUGUUCCACCUGCUUCGCCACCCCAGUGUUAACCAGGAAGUGCACUUUGACCCAACCAACAGGCUGAGUCCGAGCCACUACCUGUACACCCGUAACCACCCGGUGGACUACUUCAUCCUGCUGCUGCAGGGUCGUGUGGAGGUGGAGAUCGGCAAAGAGGGGCUGAAGUUUGAGAACGGGGCGUUCACAUACUACGGCGUGUCUGCGCUAACGCUGCCAUCCUCAGUGCACCAGUCUCCGGCGUCAAGCCAGCGUCACUCGCCAAAGGAUCCCUUCGAGUCCACAGACGCCACCAGCCCGUCCGGCUACUGCCCCGACUACACUGUCCGAGCGCUCACGGACCUGCAGCUCAUACGGGUGACACGCCUCCAGUAUUUGAACGCCCUGAUGGCGUCUCGCGUCGUUCAGAGUCCAGAUGCUCCUGAGAUCAAGAUCCUGCCCAACAGUCAGACCAAACUGCUCAACGACAGAAACACCGCACAAGAGUUCCCUGUAAACUUUUCCUUCUUUGAUACCAUUGAGAACUACUGUUAGUACUUUUAGCAUGAGGUGGCAGUAGGGCCCAGGAGAGCUCCACAGAAGACGAGGCUCAUGGGUAGUACAGUUCUGUCCACCCGCUGUAAAACAAACACAGGAUCCUUGACUCGAUUGCUGCAGGUUAUUUGUUAGUGCUCAUUGUUAAAUCAUCUAUGGCUGGAACGUACUUUUUGGAAAAGAUUUGAUUUGUUCUGUAGAGCCUCUACACUUCUCACCUCCAUUUCCUUUGUCUUUCCCAUUGUAAUUAUUAUUUUAUGUUUUAUAUACUUUGGACUGUGUGUGUAUAUAGAUGUAAAUGCAUUUUAUUUUAAUUUGGCGGUGCCUUUCCUCCAGGUUUAGCCUUUCAUUCCUCAUGUUUGUUUGUCUGGGUGCCAAAGCUACACGUGUGUGUGCGUUAAAGCAUGCGUCUGUUUGAGGCACUAAAAACAGAAAAUGAUUUGCACAUGAAAUUUGUGCACAAGUGACAGUGUUAAGCUAAAGGUACAUCCAGGUUUUUAUAGCUUCACACAACAAGUGUGUGUAGCCAAAAAUGAUCAUUUCAGCUUUGACAGUGUUUGAUCGGUGGUUUGUACUGUAAAUAUUUCAGUUGGAGAGCGACGCUGAAGGACUUCUAAAGCUAAUCCAGUUUCUUAAAAAAAGAUUAAAUGCAACAGUAUUGUUUUCAAUCAAAGCUUAAGUUAAAAAUGUAGUUCAAGUUUAAACAACUAGUCAAAUCAACAUCUGUUUUACUAAUCCACCAGAUGUGUGUCAUGGUUCCCAGGAUUUGCUGCUUUUUAACCGAUAAUAAAUGGACAAAGCCAGA